UCAGUGACAGACGCCGAAGGCAAAGACGAACAUUGUGUGAGACUGUGGGCUUUCCGUCCCAGAUGAUCCCCUCUGCCAUUCCAUUCCUACGUUGACACAUUCAGAGCUAGCCGAGCUAGCUAGGCAGCAACAGUUCAACUAGGCAGAGGUAAAACAGGGUGUGUUUCACACAAAUGGCUCAAUAUUUACAAUGAAGAAAAUUAAAUCACCUAUAUCUUGACGACCACUGCGUGCUCAAUGACGGUCUGCCGCGGUCUCAGCGAUUGACAUGGACUCUUGUGAUAAGGAGGUGAAACUGUCAGCCGAAGUGGAGCCGUUUGUCCCACAAAAGAAAGGUCUGGAAGGAGCGCUGGUCACCAUGAGCUUGUCUGGAGGAGGAGAAGGAGGAGGGGGGGUAGAGCCCACCCCAAUCCCCAGCUACCUCAUCACCUGCUACCCUUUUGUCCAGGAGAACCAACCCAACAGACAACAGCACCCCAUGUAUAGUGGAGGAGGGGACCUGCGCUGGCAGCAGCCCAACCCCAGCCCAGGUGGUCCGUACCUAGCUUACCCCAUCCUGUCCUCCCCCCAGCCUCCAGUCUCCAAUGACUACACCUACUACCAGAUCAUGUCUGCACCCUGCCCCCCCAUGAUGGGCUUUUACCAGCCCUUCCCAGGAACGUACGCCGGGCCCCUGCAGCCUGGCGUGGUAAACCCUAUAUCAGCUGACGUCAGCGAGAGACCGGCCCCUCUCGGACAGGCGUUUGGACUAGCUAAUCAGAGAGGUGUGAGGGGCAUGGUCAGACCUGCCGUUCUACCCAAGCAGCAGGUGGGGUUGUGUCAGUCCCUGAGGGCCAGAAGGCCCCCCAUGAGGACUGUAGCUGUCCAGAAGGAGGUGUGUUCCUCGGGGCCAGAUGGACGAACCAAGACAGUCCUACUCGUGGACGCUGCCCAACAGACUGACUUCCCAGGGGACAAUGCGUGUGGUCGUGGUGCGUCGGAACGGGAGCAGGCCAGCCCCCUGCUGUGGAAGAACCUUCCCCGGAGAAGGCGGGCCUCGCACCCUGCCGAGAGCUCCAGCGAGGCAGACAUCGACAGCGACAGCGGAUACUGCAGCCCCAAACACAACCAGCAGGCCCCGGGGGUUACGCAACACACUGCCCACGCUGCUAUAGCUCCUACGGGAGUGGAUGCAGGUGUAAUGACAGCGGUAAGCUGGGUGAACGUAGCGUCUCAGGCCUCUCAGAGGCCGUGGUCAGACAACAGGACCACCCCGUUCCAACGGACAGGGAAGACCCCUGAUCAGAGGAACUACUCGCAGGUACAAUGGGCCUCACCUGAGCAGGACUUCCAUGCAGGGUACUCAGGGGGGCGUGUCUGUUCUAACCCCACCCCCGCACACAGUAACGGUGGUCUGCAGCAGAGACUGCUCCAGCCCGGACUGGGCCCUGGGACGGUGCUUGCUCCUGAGCCACUCUACUUUGAGGUGGGAGAAAUCUACAUGAAAUUCUUGUGUAUUAGGAGUUAUCUGUUUCAGGAUGAGGAUGAGUUUCCAGAGCUGGUCUCAGGAGGGGCACAGAGGAACAUCAAACCAGACCCUAACCCUUCCCAGAACCAACACCAGACCAAACUAACCAAGAACCUGCUGGAUAACCUUCCAGAGAACUCUCCCAUCAACAUCGUCCAGACCCCCAUCCCCAUCACCACCUCCGUCCCCAAGAGGGCCAAGAGUCAGAGGAAGAAGGCCCUGGCCGCUGCCCUGGCUACAGCGCAGGAGUACUCUGAGAUCAGCAUGGAGCAGAGGAAACUACAGGAGGCACUGACCAAAGCAGCAGGGAAGAAGAGUAAGACUCCAGUUCAGUUGGACCUGGGAGACAUGCUGGCUGCUCUGGAGAAACAGCAGCAGGCCAUGAAGGCUAGACAAAUAACCAAUACUAAACCACUGUCCUUCACAGUGGGUACAGCAGCCCCGUUCCAUGGUUCAGGGCCAGGUGCCGGGUCGGGAGCAGGGUCAGGUAUAGUAUCAAUGUUGAAGGCCCAGCAGGCCCACUCUGCCCCCCUCAACAUGCUGGACUCCAGCGCUCCACGCCUGAAGAGAGGGAAGGAGAGAGAGAUCCCUAAAGUCAAACGACCUACCGCCCUGAAGAAGAUCAUUCUGAAGGAGCGUGAGGGGAAGAGGGGGAAGGGGGGUGUGGAUCAGAUUGCUGCCAGCCAGGAAGAACAGGGAGAAGAGGAGCUACACUUCACUGACGACCUCACACGGGAACCUGCCUCUCAGGAGGAGAACGGUCUGAGCGUGCCCAGUGAUGACGCGUCCCUGUCCCCGGCCAGUCAGAACUCUCCGUACAGCAUCACGCCUGUUUCCCAGGGUUCCCCUGGCUCCUCUGGCAUUGGCAGCCCCAUGGCCUCUAACGCCAUUACCAAGAUACACAGCCGCCGCUUCAGAGAGUACUGUAACCAGGUGUUGAAUAAAGAGAUAGAUGAGAGUGUGACGAUGCUGCUGCAGGAACUGGUCCGGUUCCAGGAGAGGGUUUAUCAGAAGGACCCCAGCAAAGCCAAGACCAAACGCAGACUGGUCAUGGGCCUUAGAGAGGUCACCAAACACAUGAAGCUCCACAAGAUCAAGUGUGUCCUCAUCUCACCCAACUGUGAGAAGAUCCAGGCCAAAGGGGGUCUAGAUGAGGCUCUGUACAACGUCAUAGCCAUGGCCAGAGAACAGGAGAUCCCGUUUGUGUUUGCUCUGGGUAGGAAGGCUCUGGGACGCUGUGUCAACAAACUGGUGCCUGUCAGUGUGGUGGGCGUCUUCAACUUCUCUGGAGCAGAGGGUCUGUUUAACCGGCUAGUGUCUCUGACGGAGGAUGCUCGUAAGUCCUACAAGGACAUGGUGUCAGCGCUGGAGCAGGAGCAGGCUGAGGAGGCGCUGAAGAACGUCAAGAAGGUCACCCACCACAUGGGCCACUCCAGGAACCCCUCCGCUGCCUCCGCCAUCUCCUUCUGCUCCGUCAUCUCUGAACCCAUCUCUGAGGUCAACGAGAAGGAGUACGAGACCAACUGGAGGAGUAUGGUGGAAUCGUCAGAUGGGCUGGAGCCUGUGGAGGCUAAACCCAGCCAUCCUGCUACUUCCUCUGGGUUGCAGAGAGACAACCAGCCCCCCUCCACCACCACCAACCGCAGCCCUUACUCCACUACCCUCCAGCUCAGAGCAGCCGUCCCUGCUCCAGGCUCAGGCCCGGGGGAGAGAGAGGAGGGCCGGGCAGACGACCGGUUGGAGCUGGCCUCCCAGCAGAGCACGGAAACAGGCAGUUUGGAUGGGAGCUGCAGGGACCUCCUCAACUCCUCCAUCACCUCCACCACCUCUACCCUGGUCCCCGGUAUGCUGGAGGAGGCAGAGGAAGAGGAGGAGGAGGAGGAAGAGUACACACCAGAGCCCAUCUCUGUGGAGGUGCCUGCGGUCAUCAGCCGUAUUGAGUCCUGGGUGUCUAAGACGCUGGAGAACCUUCAGCUGGGGAAGAGCCAGGACAGCACAGAGGAAGAGGAGGAAGAGGAGGAGGAGGGAGUGCAGAGUGAGGAGGAGGGAGUGCAGAGUGAGGAGGAAGAGGAGUUGGAUUCUGCUGAUGUCACAGAGACUGGGCUGGAGAAGACUGAGAAGAUGGAGGACAAUAAUAUCACUGGCUGAUUAGACCUCAUUCAUCCCUCUCUUUCUCUUUUUUGUUUCUCGGUAAAUUCGCUCUGUGUACACUCUGUCGCUCGAUCUGUGUACACUCUGUCGCUCCAUCUGUGUACACUCUGUCGCUCCAUCUGUGUACACUCUGUCGCUCCAUCUGUGUACACUCUGUCGCUCCAUCUGUGUACACUCUGUCGCUCCAUUUGUGUACACUCUGUCGCUCCAUCUGUGUACACUCUGUCGCUCCAUCUGUGUACACUCUGUCGCUCCAUCUGUGUACACUCUGUCGCUCCAUUUGUGUACACUCUGUCGCUCCAUCUGUGUACACUCUGUCGCUCCAUCUGUGUACACUCUGUCGCUCCUUCUGUGUACACUCUGUCGCUCCAUCUGUGUACACUCUGUCGCUCCAUCUGUGUACAUUCCAUCACUUGUCUUCCUCACCCCCCCUUCACACCUAUUCCCCUAACCGGCACUCUUUCACCUCUAUCACCCCCCCCCCCCUUCCCUCUUUCUCACAGUUGAACCAGCAACUCUCCUCUUCUAUCUGUCUGGAACUUUGGACUUCAGACAUUAUCUCAGGAAUCAGACCACACACACGCACACACACACAGGCAGUCCACACACACACAGAUAGGCAGUCACACACACACACACACACACACACACACACACACACACACACACACACACACACACAGGCAGUCCACACACACACAGAUAGGCAGUCACACACACACACAGGCAGUCCACACACACACAGAUAGGCAGUCACACACAGGCAGUCCACACACACACAGAUAGGCAGACACACACACACACGCACACACACACAGGCAGUCCACACACACACAGAUAGGCAGUCACACACACACACACACAGACACACACACACACACACACACACACACACACACACACACACACACACACAGGCAGUCCACACACACACAGAUAGGCAGACACACACACACACACACACACACACACACACACACACACAGGCAGUACACACACACACAGAUAGGCAGUCACACACACAGACCAACCUGCAAACUACAUUUACAUUUACACCGACAACAGUAUCUCUCCUGGUCUCUAUGAUGGAUAGACUCCUCUGUUCCUCUCAUCCUCCUCUCACUGAUGUGGACCUGGAACAACUGCCUCAGCUAAACUGGUCUGGUCGGUCUGGCAUCGACUGGUCUGGUCUGGCUAAGGGAAGCCCUGGUUCCCUUUCCACCACUCCAGGUUUCCCCAGGAUAGGAAGAGGCUGUGAGGAGAGGCUUCCCCUCUGUCUGUAUGACACAGAGCCCUUCAGAUGAUAGACCUGUCAGUGAGACUGCUGACUACAGACUAACUAGAAGAGAAGUCUCCCUCUGUCUGUAUGACACAGAGCCCUUCAGAUGAUAGACCUGUCAGUGAGACUGCUGACUACAGACUAACUAGAAGAGAAGUCUCCUCUGUCAUCCCUGGGUUAUUCAUAGUGGAGGUCUGGUGGUUCAGUCCAAGCAGAAGGUUGCUGAGCCCCUGCAGGGCUGAGAGUUUACAGAUGGAAGUGUGUGUGUGUGUCUCUGUCCCAUCAUCAAGACUUGUGUUACAUUGUUGUCAUCCUUCCCAUGUUUCUCUGUCUCCCAAAACCGAUCUAAAACCUUGUUAGGAUUACAAAAUUCUCUGCUUUUCCAGGAAUCCCGGUUGGAAGGUUCACAGAAUCUGUUGGGAAUAAGCAGAAAAUACCUAGUCCUCCAACCUUGGAAUUUCGGGAAAGUUGCUGGAAUGUGCAAACCUACAGGAUGUGUUUCUGCCAUCGGUUAACCAUCACAGUAAUCAUGUAUUAUCUUCAGUGGGUGGGCUUUUAAAGGGGCAUAUCACCACUUUUUAACUUCCUAGUCAUUAUCUCCAGGACCAAACCAAUGUCUACUAAUGUGAAAAUGGCGUGUUAAAAUUAAUGGCGUGUCCCUUGAAAACAUGAAUGAUAUGACAUGUCACAUGACAUAUACUAACAGUAACUGAAGCCAGAACAAAUGUCUGAUGUACAUAACCUGUAUAGCUGUUUCUGAGACUCUUUAACCUGUAAUAUUGAUGAUAAUAUUGACAAGUGUUCAUCUGUUUGGGGUUGUUUUCUGAGUGGAUUGUUUGUUGUUGCUAGCUGACUUCUGUGUUUUACUAUAGCCUCUGGUUUCAUUUGGUUUAGGUCCCAGUCCAUUGACUGGUGGCAGUGUGGGCGUGUUUGUUGGGGUGGGCAGGUAAAUGUACUGUAACUAGCUAUUAUCAGAGACUGUUUGGGUUUGAAGCUGACAGGUAGUCCAACUUGACCCAGGACAUGUGACUCACUGGUAACAGAGGGGUCAAAGGGAGGAGCCACCACAGGAGCCUCAGAAUAUUCAUGAAGUAAUUAUCCACCUCACCAGUUAUAACCAUGUAAAUAAAAUGUGAACAAUUAAAAUGUUUGAACUACAGUGUAUUAAACACCCCAAUCACCUUUUUCUUAAAGCCAUUUGAUAUAAAAAAUGUGAAUAAGUUGAUAAUGAUGGGAAAUGAUAUAAAUCAAGUCAUGUAUUAUUAGAUGGAGGAGGAUGCCAUGUAUAGGAGUGGCAUGCUGGGUCAUAUGCAAUAUGAAGGAAGGAGGGAUGAGAGGGAGUUGUGUAAUAAAUAGACACAGUUAGGAGUUGGGUCAAUUCAUUUUCAAUUCAGGAAGUGAAUUGAAAUUUGACUGACAAAAAAUGUCAUUGAGAAAAAAAACUUAUGUCAUUUGAAAACGGACCAUGUUUUCUAUGAGUAUUUUCUGAAUGAGUUGAAUUGAGCCCUUCCCUGAUACAGGUGAUAACGACGGUGUGUCUAGUACUAAAAUGUAUGCUGGCUGUGUGCAGGUUUCUCAGUAACUAACUCUCAUCAGUGUGUUUUGGAGCCAUGACAACCAGUGUGUCCUUUGCACUAUGUAAAUACCAUAAUACUUGUAACAACCACCUGGUAACUAAUGUCAAAACAAAAUGGUUGAAUGAAGUAGCUUUUCUUUUCUCAGUGUGUCCCUGGUCUUUCUAUGUCUCUCUUACUGACUGUACAGCAACAUGUAGAGGCUUUUCUCAUAACAUUACUGUUCUCUUCUCCAUCUGGACUGAUGAAUAAUGUCAUUAAAAUGUUCUUUAAGUAAACUA